UGUGCAAUGUGCAGGCGCCAUGGUAACAGCGCUGCGGGCCGAAAAGGGUCAAAGGUUUUUGCAGCGACUAGUUCUUCACGGAUUGCCGCUUCAUUACGAGGCGCGGAUUCACGUUUCGAGAGGCAAAGCCCUUUUUAAACACACACAGAAAACUCGCAUCCUACUUCCACUCACCACAUUCAAAUACGACUCAACCUCGAGUCCGCUCUAUACCUGCUCUACUCUCGGCGGUAUUCUCGGUCGGUUCUACUUGUGGAGAGGAACGCACAGAACUGGAUGGCGGUGGAUGCCAUCGUGACGCUCACGUUCCGACACACCAGUUGCUCCAUAGCUCUUCGUGCGGUGUGUGCUUUGCUGUGAGAGGUGAAGGUGCGUUCUUUUAUUCAUCCACAACGCGCCAAAAACACGCCAAAACCAAAAAAUGACAUUUUUAACUUAAUUUAAAUUAAUUUGACGAAACAUUCAACAAAAUGAAGCGUAUGUUCGGGAGUUUUCGUUCGAAACAACAUUAUCAACAACAAGAUGCAAUUAAAACAAAUUCGAAUAAUGACGGUGAUGUCUAUUGGUUGAUCCGCGUGCACAACAGCGCGCUGUCGAGCAGCCAAAACGCGUCGGAUUGCGUUGUUGAUAAUGAUGGUGGUCCGGGCAAAGGAAUGCAGCGCAUGGCGAGCAGCCGAAGCAUGAGCUUUUCGCAGUCGGAUCGCAACGCUGGCGCCUUCAAACGAUUCAGUUUACAAUCCUAUAUUAAGGGUUUGGACGCAGGUACGUCCAACUCAUCGUUCAACACAUCCUCAACGUCCCUCAAACCGCUGAAUCAGGACAUUGCAGCGCCGCGCAUCGACGGCUUUCGCUUCUCGAUGGCGAAUUUAGAGGACAGUCCCGAAGUGGACCUAGACGCGAUCCUCGGUGAGCUCUGCGCGUUGGAGACGCAAUGCGAUCAGGAAAUCGGCAACGCGCGUGACAGCAAGCGACAGUCUGAUGUGUCGAAAGCGAUGAGUGCGCGCAUCUCGUCCGACGCCGGCCGUCUGAAAAUGGACGACGACUCCACAAUGUUGCAGAAAACCGACCGGACUGAUUCGCCGGAUAACGACUCCGCAUUCAGUGACACCGUCAGCAUGCUCUCGAGCGAAUCUUCCGCGAGUAGCGGCGGUAGUAAUGUCAAACCGCCUACAACAUUACUUCUCAUGUCUGAUGAGGCAAGUCGCGUCAAAGCGGAGAAGAUUCGCAUGGCGAUGGAGAAGAUUAAAGAAGCGAAUAUUCAGAAAUUGUUUGUGAAAGUCUUCACUAUGGAUGGUUCCGCAAAGAGUUUAUUAGUAGAUGAGAAAAUGACGUGUGCAUAUGUGACGAGAACAGUCGCAGAUAAAAACCACGUGGCAAUGGAUCCCAAAUGGGGAUUAGUCGAGCAUUUACCCGAUUUAUACAUGGAGCGUGUCUAUGAAGAUGAUGAACUCCUCGUGGAUAACCUGAUGUUGUGGACGAGGGACUCAAAGAAUAAGAUUUACUUUGCCGAGAGGCCUGAUAAAACCAUGCUGUUUAUGCAACCGGAGCGUUUUAUACUCGCCGCGAAUGAUCGUACACGUGGUGCGGUGGAACACGAUGAACAUGCGCGGAAUUUGCUUUUAGAAGAGUUUUUCUCAUCGAAUGUUGGGCCUGGAGGUGGUGGCAUGCCUGAAGUCGAAGGACCUUUGUAUUUAAAAUCAGACUCCAAAAAGGUACGCGUUUUUAUUAAAACAAUUCAAAAUAAUUUUAAUUUAUGUAUUUUUUAAUUUCUAGGUUGGAAAAAGUACCAUUUUGUCCUGCGUGCAUCCGGUUUGUACUACGUGCAAAAAGAAAAGCUAAGUGCCAAAGACUUGGUUUGCCUAGCCACAUUCGACGUGAAUCAAAUUUACUACGGUGUUGGCUGGAAGAAGAAGUUCAAGGCCCCGACGGACUUUUGUUUCGCUAUCAAACACCCGAGACUGCAGGAACCAAAGAGUACCAAGUACAUAAAAUACCUCUGUUGUGAGGAUAAACAAACCCUGGACAAAUGGAUGGUGGGCAUGCGCAUUGCCAAGGUAGGCAAACAAGUAAUGGAAAACUACCGCUUCCUGAUGGAGGAACUAGCGCAGGAGGAUUUAGACUUGUUAGCGCAUGCACGCAGCUGUUCAGUGAGUUCCAUCCCGCAGAGUAAUGUAACCACGCCAUGUCAGAGUUACGCACCCAGCGAGGGUUAUAUGACACAAAGUGAAGCAUGCUCGAGCACCCCGAGCGAGAUCAGUUCCGGGCGGCAGAGUCGAGCAAGCAGCUCAAGUUCCAGCGGUUGUAUGUCAGACGGUGCGCCGUCCAGCUGUGAGAAUGCGUUUGAUUCCGAGUUCCCUACCGGAACUAUCAAACGGAAGCCGUCUAUGAAGCCUUCGAUACCAUUAACAAACAUCACAAGACAAUUAAAAGAAGUAGGUGAAACCAGGGAUGAAAGAGAUGAAACAGACCAUGUUCCGAAUAGUCCUUCAUAUACUAACACAGGCACACUCACAAGGCGACACAGUCGUCGAAAAUCAUCGAAUUCUGAUGAUGGUUCAAUGUCAGAAACGCUAAAAAGACAACACUCAUACAAACGUGGGUCUAUUGAGUCUGUUAGCACACGAAGUGGAGAUAGUUGUGGAUGUACCACACCGAGACCGCAGGGAAUUCAUUCGAGUCCCUUAUCACCGCUUGCAACAGCUGCGGGGAUGUCUGAUUCGUUGAUUUCGUUACCGCCGCCACCACCACCACCUUCAGUGGGACAAAUACAGAGUCUCGUUGAGAGUAUCCAAGGAGAGUUACCCCCACCACCGCCGGAAUUAUACUGUUCAACGACUUCCCUGGACAGUCUCCCACCGCCCCCGAACCCUGGAGACUUGCCAUCACUACACGAGUCUGAAUUAACCGGAAGUCAACUAUCUCUGAUGUCUCUACCACCUCUACCGCAGGAUGAUGACACGUUGAGACAAAGUCGACACCGGGAGAGUAAUAAUUGCACUCCUACGAAUUGCACGCCGGUGAUGAGUCCUGAAACUACUCCGUCUGUGCUCUCACCGGUGCGAUAUUCGUCGAAUUCAAAUUGUAGCACGCCUACAAUGAGUAAUCCCCUGGUUUCCACACUAAUGGAAAUACAGAGAACAUUCAACAACACCAAUGGACUGCGUUCGUCACUACGUACGCAGUCUUCCGACUACGCUUCAUGCCGCCGUGCCACCAGCAUCACAAGUCCAGUAAAAACCAAGAAGAUUUCGUUUAAUUUAAUCCCGCAAGAGGCGCCAGCUUUACUGCCACGUAAACCUGCCCCACCACGACGAUCGGAAAACACUCGUCUUUCAAGCCCGAAAAAACUAGCUGAUCCCCCAGUGGAUUUCCUCAAGGAGAUUCAGCGCGUGAUGCGGAAAAAGUGGCAAGUGGCUCAGAAGUGUCUAGAAGAACCAAACACCACACCGCAUGAGGUCUUAGGAUUCCGAGAUCCACCUGCUACUCUGCCUGAUUACAAAGAGACGAAUGUUUCUAACUGGGUACAAGAACACUACGGUCCCAAUAAUUUCUACGAGAAUGUCUAUCGAGACGCCGAGGUGACUGAAGUUGCUGAAUAUUCUGCAAGUCCUUUGCAUUUACAAGGAGGAAAUGACGGACGUAAUUCAAAGCGGCCGCCACCACCGCCCCCGAAGCGUUCGGAGACGACGCACUUGUCUAGCAAGCUGCAUUGAGCUUUCGCAUCAACUUAUGACUAACAAUGAGCAAAUCCAAGGAGACAUAAAGCAAAAAUGUGAUGAUAACGUUAUUUAGGAACAAUGUGCCAUUAUUUUGUACGUUUUUCUACGGACGUAUACCUUUUGCAAUUUUUUUAUAUAUAUAUACAUAUAUAUACUUAUAAAUGAUUCCCAAGUGAGGAGGUGAUCAUGUUAUUGCAUGCACCGCAUAUUUAUUGGCGUUUUGCAGAACCGAACAUACACCUAACCCAAGUUUUUCUGUUCUCUUUAUUUGUAUAUAAUAAGUAGAGUAAUUCGUACACGUAAUUCACGAUUAGUCCCAAGAUGAAGAUGAAGAACAAAGUGACAAUAUUCACUCGAUUAAUUUUAAUGUCAAACAUUUUAUGGUGCUUCUAGUUAAUGAUUGUAUGAAGUAUGUAAGCACAAAUAAUUCUUUCGCGAAUGUGGCGAAGUUGUCUGUAAAUAGGCGAGCGCAGCUUGUGAAGAAACAAAAAAAAAAGAAACAAGAAGACAGGGUUCCGCUUGCGAGAGGCGCUUGCCGCUGCGAAUAAAACAAAGCUGUUAUUUGAUUAUUCCUCAAACUUUUAUAGUUGAACUUAUUGAUCGUGGAUGAUGAUUAUGAUGAAGAGCAUUGUAAAAGGUUCGAUUUGAUACUUAUUGUAGUUAAGAUCUCUCCCUCUGCGCCGGGCCCUCUUUGGCACACGGCGGUUUUAUAUUGCAAAUUGAAUACAUUUGUUUUUUGUAUAACUUUGCCAUCGAUCAAGUAUAUAACUAUUUAUGAA